AUGUCACAAGAGUUUACUGAUACUGUCAUAGAAUCUUUUGGUCCCAAAAGUACACCGAGGUCUCGUAAGAUCAUGCUGUCUUUGAUACAGCACAUUCAUGAUUUCACGAGAGAAAACAAUAUUAUGGUAGAUGACUGGUUGUAUGCAGUCAAUUUUAUCAACAGAAUAGGUCAAAUGUCCGAUGACAAAAGAAAUGAAGCUAUACUUGUUUCAGAUGUUUUGGGACUUGAGGCCCUUGUGGACACGCUUACUCAUAACUCAGACAAGAAUGACCACACAUCGUCUGCCAUUUUGGGCCCCUUUUACAGAGAAAAUUCUCCCUUGUAUCCCAAAGGACACUCAAUUAUUAUCAAGGACGUAGGUGGUGAAAAGGCUUUAAUUAAAGGGCGCAUAUUGAAUACAGAAGGUAAACCAUUGGCAGGAGCUAAAAUUGAAGUGUGGCAUUGUGCACCUAAUGGGUUAUAUGAGCAACAGGACCCAGAUCAACCUGAUUAUAAUUUAAGAGGAACCUUCAUUGCAGAUGAGAACGGAGCUUACGAGUUUAUAGGAUUACGUCCUACAGCAUAUCCGAUACCAUACGAUGGUCCCGCAGGCGAUUUGUUGAAACUAAUGGAUAGACACCCUAUGAGACCAGGUCAUAUUCACUGGAGAGUAACUCAUCCAAGUUACCAUUCAUUAGUUACCCAAACAUAUGAUGCAGAAUGUCAAUACAGUCUGGAUGACUCCGUAUUUGCAGUCAAAGAAGAUAUUAUCAUUAAAUUUACGCCAGCUUCGGAAGCUCUGAAGAAGAGGGGUGUGCUGGUGGAGUUGGAUUACGAUAUCACAUUAACCUUGGAGUCUGAGAUACAAAAAUGCAGAGCUUCGAAUGAGGGCCUUGACAAUGAUCAGGUAGUUCAUUUAUAA